GAAAAGACUGUUUCAUGAGAAGAGCAUCUGUAAUCUGAAGUUAUUAAAUUAUCUUUAUUUGCGAUGGAUGUCGGAGGACAAUGGAGCAUACUGCCAUGCCGGUGGAUUACUCUUUCUUUGCUGUUGUGCGUCGGGAAUCUGGUUAGUGCACACGUAAAAUACAAUGUCCCAGAGGAAGUGAAAGAAGGAUCUGUUGUUGGAAAUAUUGCAAAGGAUUUAAGCCUUGAUGUCAGUAAUUUGGCACACCGUCGGUUUCGUAUUGUUUCUGGACCUGACGACGCGCUUUUCCAGGUAAAUCAGAACAAUGGGGAACUGUAUGUCAGUAAGAGAAUCGACAGGGAGAAGCUGUGCGAUGGAAACGCUGUUUGUUCGAUAAGUUUGAAAUGCGUUUUUGAAGACCCCUUAGAGGUGCAUUACAUAGAAGUUGAAAUUACAGAUGUAAACGAUAAUCCACCCAUUUUCCCGAGAUCUGAGCAGCAAUUUGAAAUAGCCGAGCAUACGCUUUUGGGAACACGUUUUCAAGUACAAACUGCCAGAGAUCCUGAUCUGGGAAUGAACACGGUUCGACACUAUAAACUAAGUCAGAAUGAGCUGUUUGAUAUCGACGUUCGGGAAAGGCAUGACACAAAAAUACCAUUUUUAGUUUUAAAGAAAGCGCUGGACAGAGAAAGGCAAGGCAAACAUAGACUCAUUCUGACAGCCAUAGAUGGUGGAAUCCCACCAAAAUCAGGGACUCUUAACAUCACUGUUAUUGUUCUGGAUACAAAUGACAAUCGGCCCGUCUUCAGCCGCGACUCAUAUACUGCUACAAUCCUGGAAAAUGCAGCUCCGGGCGCUGUCGUAAUUAAAAUAAACGCAACUGAUUUAGAUGAUGGACUGAACGGUGAAAUCGAGUUCUCAUUAGGCAAAAAUUUAGAAGGAAAAAUACACGACCUGUUUACGCUUGACAAGAGCACAGGUGAAUUACAAGUUAAAGGCAAAAUAGACUUUGAGGAAACGGAUGUCUUUAAAUUAGAUGUGCAGGCAUCUGAUAAAGGCCAGCCUCCUCUGAUAGCCGAAGCAGAGCUUAGCAUUAAAGUCACAGAUGUUAAUGAUAACUCCCCUGAAAUUGAGAUAACAUCUCUUUCUAACGUUAUAUCUGAAAAUGUGAAGCCUGGAACGGCCAUAGCCUUAAUCAGCGUUUCAGACAAGGACUCGGGUGUCAAUGGCAGAGUAAUUUGUACAUUACCUGAAAAUAUGCCAUUUGAGCUGAAAUCAUCAUUUAAAGAGAAUAUGUAUUCAUUAGUGACAAAGGGGCGUUUAGAUAGAGAAGUUACGUCAAGGUAUGAAAUCACUGUAACAGCCACUGACUUAGGAAAGCCACCUUUGUCUUCUUUUAAAAUAUUAUAUAUACAGGUGUCUGAUGUAAAUGAUAACGCACCAGAGUUUCCCCAGAAUUCAUAUGAGCUUUAUUUAUCUGAAAACAAUGUCCCUGGUGCUUCUAUAUUCUCUGUUACUGCCUUUGACAGAGACUUAAACGGAAAUGCUGCAAUAGGAUAUAACCUAAAUCAAGUUUUUGCCUCAGAUUCUGGAACUCCAUCUCUGAGCAGUAACGUGACAGUGAACGUGUUUAUUCUGGAUCAGAACGACAACGUUCCAGUGAUCUUAUAUCCAGUCAGCGCUAACGGUUCUGCUGAGGGUGUGGAAGAGAUUCCCCUUUCAAGUCCAGCCCAGGAUGAUUACGCGUAG